GUAAACCCUGAAGUCUGCCGUUACCCCCUUGGUAUGACUGGCGGACAGAUCCAAGAUGAAGACAUCUCUGCGUCAAGUCAGUGGUCUGAGUCAACAGCUGCAAGGUUUGGAAGAUUGGACUUGGACAAUGGUGAUGGGGACGGUGCCUGGUGCCCUGACAUCAUGUCUGAACCGGACGGGCUAAAACAUUACCUCCAAGUGGACCUCCGCUCACUCCACUUCAUCACUCUAGUGGGCACCCAAGGGCGACAUGCGGAUGGGAUGGGUAAUGAGUUUGCCCAAACAUAUCGGAUUAGCUACAGUCGCGAUGGGACCAGCUGGGUGAGCUGGCAUGACAGGAAGGGAAAACAAGUGAUUGAGGGGAAUAAGAAUGCGUAUGAUGUGGUGCUCAAGGAUCUAGAGCCACCCAUAAUUGCCCGUUAUGUGCGCUUCAUGCCUGUGACUGACCCCUCCAUGAUCGUGUGCAUGAGGGUGGAGCUCUAUGGAUGUGAAUGGCUCGAUGGCCUGAUAUCAUACAGCCUUCCAGAUGGACAGCAGAUGUUUUAUAGAGGCAUGGACGUCUACUUUAACGACUCUGUGUAUGACGGAGCAGCAGCAGAAAGGAUGACGAAGGGCCUUGGCCAGCUCACAGAUGGGACAUGGGGUUUGGAUGAUUUCCUCCACAGUCACAUUUAUGGCAUGUGGCCAGGCUAUGACUACGUGGGUUGGAACAACAAGAGCUUCCCCAAAGGCUACAUCGAGAUGAUCUUUGACUUUGACCAUAUUCGAAACUUUACCUCGAUCAAGGUGCACUGCAAUAACAUGUACACUCGGGGGGUGCGUAUGUUUAGACAGGCCACCUGUUUCUUCCGCUCGGGGUCGGAGUGGGAAUCAGACCCGGUGUCCUUCAGACCGGCAGUGGACCAGGCCAGUCAAAGGGCCCGCUUCGUCUCGGUGCCUCUGGGAGACCGCACUGCCAGCACCAUCAAGUGCCGAUUCCACUUUGCAGACCUCUGGAUGCUGUUCAGUGAAGUGGCUUUCCAAUCAGGAUCCGCUGUGUACAAUACAUCUAUGUCAGCUCGCAAACAAGGACAUCCUACCAACCUACCAGGGGAUGAUCCCACACAUAAAGUGGAUGAUAGCAACACUCGAAUCCUGAUUGGAUGUUUGGUUGCAAUCAUUGCUAUCCUGAUGACCAUUAUUGUCAUUAUACUUUGGCGUCAGGUGUGGCAAAAGAUGCUUGAGAAGGCCUCUCGUAGAUUGCUGGAUGAUGAACUGACCGCUCGUCUGGCUUUCCAAACACAGAGCUUCUCUUUUCAUCACUCAUCUCUGUCCAGUGAGAGUGGCUCCACCUUCAACUCCACCUAUGAGAGGAUUUUUCCCCUCUGUGCUGACUACCAGGAACCUUCACGAUUUGUCCGAAAACUCACAGAAUUUGCAGAUUCCAUAGAAAACCUGGAUGAUGAGACAACAGGGUCAAGCUCUUGUAACAAAGCGCUAGCAGCAGCUGGUCCGGGCCCGCCCCACUAUGCAGAGGCGGACAUCAUCAGUCUCCAGGAGAGCUCAGACAAGUGCUCCAUCACAACUGUCAACCUGUUCACUGCCACAGACUCAUCUAUGAGAGAGUUCCCCCGACACAAGCUCACAUUCAAAGAAAAGCUUGGAGAGGGACAGUUUGGAGAGGUGCACUUGUGUGAAGCUGAGGGCAUGCAGGACUUUCUAGAUGCUGACUUGCCUAUGGAGGAAAAUACAGAAUCUCCCUUACUUGUUGCUGUUAAAACACUACGAGAAGAUGCCAAUAAAAAUGCAAGGAAUGAUUUUUUGAAAGAAAUACGCAUCAUGUCACGUCUUAGAGACCCAAACAUAGUGCGUCUACUGGCUGUAUGUGUGGACACUGACCCUCUCUGCAUGAUCACUGAGUACAUGGAGAAUGGAGACCUCAACCAGUUUCUUCACAGGCUCUCUCUCAGUGAUGACAAAAAGGCAGGACAUGAGGAGGAGGGAAAGACUACCGUUAGCUACAACAAACUCAUGGACAUGGCAGUACAGAUAGCUUCUGGGAUGAAGUACUUGUCCUCAUUAAACUUUGUUCACCGCGACUUGGCCACACGAAACUGCCUGGUUGGUAAAAACUAUACAAUUAAAAUAGCAGAUUUUGGUAUGAGUCGCAACCUGUAUCGUGGAGAUUACUAUAGGAUCCAGGGGAGAGCUGUCCUGCCUAUUCGCUGGAUGUCAUGGGAGAGCAUCCUUCUGGGAAAGUUCACCAUGGCCAGUGAUAUGUGGGCUUUUGGAGUAACUCUUUGGGAAAUUUUGACUUUGUGCAAGGAGCAGCCAUACUCACAUCUUUCUGAUGAGCAAGUCAUCGAAAAUACAGGAGAGUUUUUCAGAGACAAAGGGAAACAGGUUUACCUCCCAAGACCCGAGUGUUGUCCUGAAACUGUCUACAAUGAACUCAUGUUGAGCUGCUGGAGAAGGAACGCUAAACAGAGGCCAAGCUUUCAAGAGAUACACCUGUGUCUGAUGGAGAGCUUAGUAUAGCAAUAGAGCAUUUCUUAUGUAAAUAAAACAAUGCAUUGUAAUAUUAAGCCUUCAAACAAUAUAUAUUUAUUGUUUAUAUUGUAUUAUUUGUAGGAUUAUUUAUAGU